UGAAAUAAAAAGCCUCUUAUAUUUUUAGCCCUUCUGCAUGCAGUUACACAAUGUAACCUCUAAGGGUCGCUGUUGGCCGCGUCUUAAGUGGUGUAGGGUUUAGAUGUAUUCAAACGCACCCUCCGUGAGCUCGCAGUACGGAAAGGACAUCGACACGUAAUGCAGGCUCCAAGAUAGAUGAAAAGAAAACACCAUCGGAUUAUUACCCUGGAAUAUUUUCAUAGUCAUUUUGAUUUCAUCCCAGCUGGGCUUUGUUGCGUGAUUGCGGUGCAAACGGGACGCAGUGACCAUAUUUGGGGUUUGGAGGGAGGCGCAUUGUUUUAACAAUGACACCACAAGUGCUGCCGUUUUUCUCCCUCCUCUUCCUCGCUCCGGUGCUCGGACAUGUCAGCUACACCAUCCCAGAGGAGAUGAGCAAAGGAUCCUUCAUCGGCAACAUAGCUCAGGAUUUGGGCCUGGAUGUUAAACGCUUAGAAGGAGGGAAAGCUCGCAUCCACACGGGAGACAGCGCUGACUACGUCCAGCUGGACAAGCGUAAAGGCGUGCUGGUUAUCAACGAGAGGAUGGACCGAGAAGCUGUUUGUGAUCGGACCACGCCUUGUGUGCUGCAUUUCCAGAUCGCGUUAGAACAGCCGAUUGAAAUAUUCCCUGUGACUGUGGAGAUCACGGAUAUUAACGACAACGACCCCGUGUUUGAGAAGGAAGGGAGGGUGUUGGAGAUCAGCGAGUCUGCUGUUGUGGGCUCUAAAUUCCUGUUGGAGAAGGCGGUAGACCCUGAUAUUGGUUUGAAUGGACUUCAGAGCUACACGCUGCAGCCUAAUGAUCAUUUUGUGCUUAAAUUACACAGGCAGUCUGACAGUGGUAAGAAAGUGGAAAUGAUUUUACAGAAGCCGUUAGACAGAGAGAGAGACGAGUUUGUGACGCUGCUGUUAACUGCACAAGAUGGAGGAGAGCCGCAGAGGUCAGGAACAAUGCAAAUUCAAAUCAACGUACUAGAUGCUAAUGAUAAUGCUCCUGUUUUUACACAAAAUGUUUAUAAAGCUAGCAUAAAGGAAAACUCCCCGUCUGGUACAUUAAUUACUAAAGUGAGUGCUUCUGAUGCAGACAAAGGCUCAAAUGGGGAAGUCAGCUAUGUGAUUGGAAACAGCAUGAGCAGCAUUUCCAAAUUGUUUCACAUUACUGAAGAUGGGGGGUUUAUUUUGAAAGGGCGUAUUGAUUACGAGAAAGCCCAAAAAUAUGAGAUUGAUGUCGAAGCAGUUGAUCAAGGAGGUCUGUCGGACUCCAGCAAGGUGAUUAUUGAUGUAGGCGAUAUAAAUGACAACACUCCUGACAUUAAAAUGAUUUCAUCAUCCACCUCAGUGGAAGAAGAUACGCCUGCUAGCACAGUAAUAGCGGUGAUGAGUGUGAACGAUCCAGAUUCUGAAGAAAACGGGAGAGUUAGUUGUGCCAUUAAUGAAAAUACACCAUUUAAAGUUGUAUCUUCAAGUAGUUUUUACAGUAUUGUAGUGGACGGUGAAUUAGACCGAGAGAGGUCGAGUGAGUAUAACAUCACAGUGAUGUGCUCUGAUGAGGGAGUGCCCUCCCUCUCCAGCAGCGUCACUCUCACCUUACACAUCUCAGAUGUGAACGACAACGCACCUGUCUUUGAGAGGAGCUCAUAUGAGGCCUCCAUUGUAGAAAACAACACUCCAGGUCUUUCUAUAUUCACAGUGAAAGCCAGAGACGCUGACUGGAUCCAGAACGCUCGCCUCUCUUACAUGCUGGAGGACUCCUCUGUUAACGGAGUGCCAGUCUCCUCAUAUGUGUCUGUUAGUGCUGAUAGUGGAGUCAUCCAUGCAGUGCGCUCUUUUGACUACGAGCACCUGAAAGACUUUCAUUUCCGCGUCAGAGCUCAGGAUGGAGGUUCUCCUCCCCUCAGCAGCAACGUGAGCGUCCGCGUCCUGAUCCAGGACCAGAACGACAACGCCCCCCAGGUCCUGUACCCGGUCCAGACGGGCGGCUCGGUGCUGGCUGAAAUGGUGCCUCGUUCAGCAGAUGUGGGCUACCUGGUGACUAAAGUGGUGGCUGUUGAUGUGGACUCUGGACAGAACGCCUGGCUCUCCUAUAAAGUGCACAAAGCCACAGACAGGGCGCUGUUUGAAGUGGGCCUACACAAUGGAGAAAUAAGAACUGUCCGCCAAGUCACUGAUAAAGAUGCUGUCAAACAAAGACUGAGUGUUCUAGUGGAGGACAACGGGCAGCCCUCUCGUUCAGCUACAGUCAUUGUUAACGUGGCGGUGGCGGACAGCUUCCCUGAAGUGCUGUCAGAGUUCACUGACUUUAGCAUGCACGACAAGGAGUACAAUGACAAGCUGACUUUUUACUUAGUCUUGGCUUUGGCUGUAGUCUCCUUCCUCUUCAUCACCUGCUUGCUGCUCAUCAUAUCAGUCAAAGUGUACAGGUGGAGACAGUCUCGCGUCCUCUACCACUCCAACCUCCCUGUCAUUCCAUAUUAUCCACCACGUUACUCAGACACUUUGGGGACAGGGACUCUCCAACACGUGUACAAUUACGAGGUGUGCAGGACCACCGACUCCAGGAAAAGUGACUUUAAGUUGGACAGAGCUGCUAGUCACAACGUGCUGGUGAUGGACCCCAGUUCUACAGGAACCAUGCAGAAGUUACACAGUGAAAGGAACAUCCUGGAUGAACUUGACUCUCCUCUAGAGGUUAGACUUUGUUAA